AUGGGUAAUAUUGAAAGUGUGGACGGCCAGUCAGAGAUGAAGCAUCAUAUAAUGCCCCUCAAAGUACCCAUGCCGGACCCCACCGAACUGGAGGAGAAGUUCGCCAUCGUUUUGAACUCUAUGAACCUUCCUCCAGACAAAGCACGGCUUCUCAGGCAAUAUGACAACGAGAAGAAGUGGGACCUAAUUUGUGACCAGGAGAGGUUUCAAGUGAAGAAUCCACCUCACACUUACAUCGAGAAAAUACGAGGUUACUUAGACCCCAGUGUCACCAGAAAGAAGUUCCGCAGGAGGGUACAAGAGUCAACUAAAGUCUUAAGAGAGCUGGAGAUAUCUUUAAGAACAAACCACAUAGGGUGGGUGAGGGAGUUCCUCAACGAUGAGAACAGAGGUCUUGACGUCUUGGUGGAGUACCUCUCCUUUGCGCAGUGUGCUGUCAUGUUGAAUUUUGAGGGGCUGGAGAAUGGGGAGGAUGGCUUCUUGGAGAAGGCUAAAUCUUGGAAUAGAUCCAUAGAGGAUUUGCAUCAGCCCUUCUGCAACACACUGGUGCGCUCGGCCCGCCAGUCUGUCUUCCGCUAUGGCUCAGUCUCCAGCAGCAAAACGAUCAAGAACUCCCGACUUGUCAGCCAAAAGGAUGACGUGCAUGUGUGCAUCAUGUGCUUAAGAGCUAUUAUGAACUACCAGUAUGGCUUCAACAUGGUCAUGUCUCAUGCACACGCUGUUAAUGAAAUUGCUCUCAGUUUGAACAAUAAAAGCUCACGGACAAAAGCAUUGGUCCUUGAGCUGCUGGCUGCCGUCUGCCUUGUUCGAGGAGGUCACGAGAUCAUCCUGUCAGCGUUUGACAACUUCAAAGAGGUCUGUAAGGAGAAGCAUCGUUUUGAGCGCCUGAUGGAUAACUUCCGCAGUGAAGAGGGAAACAUCGACUUUAUGGUUGCCUGCAUGCAGUUCAUCAACAUUGUGGUCCACUCAGUGGAGGACAUGAACUUCAGAGUCCAUCUGCAGUUUGAAUUCACCAAGCUUGGCCUUGAUGACUACUUGGAGAAAUGCAAACACACCGAGAGUGACAAGCUGUCAGUGCAGAUUCAGGCAUACCUGGACAAUGUGUUCGAUGUGGGUGGUCUGCUAGAAGAUGCUGAGACCAAAAAUGCAGCACUGGAAAAGGUGGAGGAACUGGAGGAGCACCUGUCUCAUGUAACUGAGAAGCUUCUGGAGGUUGAGAAUGAAACAAUGAUGAAGGUGGCUGACUUGGAGAAAAUGCUCCUCCAAAAGGAUAAAGAUCUUCAAGCAAUACGGGAGACGUACGAGUCAACCAACACGCAAGUCAACACCCUGCGGAGGAUGAUCAAGGAGAAGGACGCCGCCUUCCAGAGACACUUCAACAUUGAGAGGCGGUUGCUGGAGUUGGAGCAGCAGGGCACCAUCCGCUUGCACAAGAAGGCCGACGGAGACAUUGCCAUCGAGGCUCUUGGUGUCGGAGCCUCAGGCUCAAACAAGGCGGGUGCUAGUGGCGUUGGCAUCCCCCUGACUGACAUCAGGACACUUUCUUUGGAUCCGACAACGGCCAUAACAGAACCGGGGGCACUCGAUCCUAGUUUGCCACCGGCCAGUGAGGCUCCACCGCCACCUCCUCCACCACCUCCACCUCCUCCCCCACUUCCUUCGUCCACAAGCUACAGUGCACCCACUCCGCCGCCGCCGCCCCCACCACCUCUUCCUCUCGCUCCUCCUCUACCUGAAGCUUCUCCUUCGGUUAUCUUGAGUGUCGGUCUUUCAGCUAUAAGGAUCAAGAAGCCCAUCAAGACUAAGUUUCGGCUCCCUGUCUUUAACUGGACCGCCCUCAAGCCCAAUCAGAUCAACGGCACAGUUUUUAAUGAAAUUGAUGAUGAACGGGUGCUAGAGGAACUGGAUCUGGAGAAGUUUGAGGAGCUUUUUAAAACCCGCGCACAAGGUCCUAUUUUGGAUCUGUCAUGCACAAAAAGCAAAGUUUCUCAGAAGAUUGUCAACAAAGUAACGCUGCUAGACACCAAUCGCUCCAAGAACUUGGCCAUCACGCUGAGGAAGGCCAACAAAACCACAGAGGAGAUCUGUAAAGCAAUAGAAAAGUUUGACCUAAAAGCCUUACCUGUGGACUUUGUGGAGUGUCUGAUGCGCUUCCUGCCCACCGAGGCCGAGGUCAAGCUACUGCGCCAGUAUGAACGGGAGCGGCGUCCGCUGGACCAGCUGGCCGAGGAGGACCGCUUCAUGCUUUUGUUCAGCAAGAUCGAAAGGCUCACACAGAGGAUGAACAUAAUCACCUUUGUCGGGAAUUUCACCGACAACAUCAGCAUGCUCACGCCGCAACUCAACGCGAUCAUCGCUGCUUCCGGCUCGGUCAAAUCCUCACCAAAGUUAAAAAGAAUGCUGGAGAUCAUCUUGGCCUUAGGCAAUUAUAUGAACAGCAGCAAGCGAGGUUGCGUUUAUGGCUUCAAAUUGCAAAGUCUUGAUCUGCUGCUGGACACCAAGUCAACAGACCGGAAAAUGACGCUGCUCCACUACAUAGCUCUUAUUGUGAAGGAAAAAUAUACGGAGUUGGCCAACUUUUACAAUGAACUGCACUUUGUGGAUAAAGCUGCAGCAGUGUCGCUGGAAAACGUUCUGCUGGAUGUGCGAGAGCUGGGAAAAGGCAUGGAGCUUAUCCGGAGAGAAUGUAGCCUCCAUGACCACUCGGUCCUUAAGGGCUUUGUCCAAGCCAGUGAAGCCCAGCUGGAGAAGCUACAGAGGGAUGCCAAAACAGCAGAGGAAGCCUUCAAUAAUGUGGUCAACUACUUUGGAGAGAGUGCCAAGACCACUCCACCCUCCGUGUUCUUCCCUGUGUUUGUGCGGUUCAUCAAGGCCUACAAGGAUGCCGUGGAGGACAACGAACUAAGGAAAAAGCAGGAAGAAGCCAUGAGAGAAAAGUUACUGGCUCAAGAGGCUAAACAGCAAGACCCUAAGGUUCAGGCCCAGAAAAAGAGGCAUCAGCAACAAGAGCUCAUUGCUGAGCUGCGUAAGCGUCAGGCCAAAGACCACCGGCCCGUGUACGAGGGCAAGGACGGCACCAUCGAGGACAUCAUCACAGUACUGAAGAGCGUGCCCUUCACAGCCCGCACGGCUAAACGCGGCUCACGUUUCUUCUGUGAAGCCAACCUCUGCGAAGACGCCAACUGCUAG